CCCGAUUUGCUUUCCAUAAAUCCGCUGUCACAUACGUCGAUGUGCUCAAUGGUUUCUCAUAUAUCUUCCGAUAGAGUUUAAGUCCCAUUACGUGGUGCCUGCAAAAGCCUCGUUUUUAUAAUCGCCCACAUUUUGGCACUCAACAUGGUAAAAAUUGCCAUUGCAGGGGCUUCUGGACAGCUGGCCCGUGAGGUCUUGGAUGGACUCGUUGAGACUGGUAAACACGAGAUAGUUGGUCUAGUCCGGAAGGAUCCCACGUCACUUCCAACACUUUCUGGGGUUCAGUGGGCGCAGACAAACUAUGAAGAUAGGUCAGUGUUGGCUCGUCUUCUCAGCGGCGUUCACACCGUCCUGUGUUUCUUCAUAGCCCACAAAGACCCAGAAGGAGCCACCCAGAAGCGUUUGAUCGAUGCUGCCCUUGACGCAGGCGUUAAGCGAUACGCUGCCAGCGAGUGGUCUAUCGGCAUAAAGCUCGAAGAAAUCAGAGAUACCGUGCCAUGGUACGCCAGUAAACUCGGUGUCCGCACGUAUCUGCAAGAACUAAACCGGGAAGAGAAGGUCCUGGAGUACACUUUGUUCCACCCCGGACUGUUCAUGAACUACCUUGGGUAUCCUCAUCAGACAACCAAACACCUCACCCUCUUUCCAGUCAUUUUCGACCUCAAGGAUAUGCGCGCCAUCGCAGAUCAAAACCACCUACAGAGUAAAGUGACAUACACGGCUGUUCAAGACAUCGUGGCGGUCGUUGCUCGUGCGGUGGAGUACGAAGGCGAAUGGCCUACAGUGGGGGGUAUCGCAGGAAAUGAAGUUACAGUCGCAGAGCUCAUAGAGCUGGGAGAGAAAGUACGAGGGGAGUCAUGGACUAUCGAAUGGGUUGAGGCGGACGACCUUCAGGCAGGCGUCCUGAAAACAAGCUGGUUGCCACCUUUGCCUGACCAAACCAUGGCUGAUUUUCCAAAGGGCCAGCAUGAGGCGUUCAAGAGGGACAUUGUGAUAGGCACAUUGAUCGCGACCGCCCGAGGGGCAUGGGCGGCGACAAAUGAGUGGAAUCAGCUACUGCCUGACUAUAAGUUCAUAGGUCUGGAAGCAUUCCUUCAGGAAGUCUGGUCGCGUGAAUAA